UUCUCAGAAGCAACAACACAUCAAUGGCAGAUCCACGCAAGCGAGUCCGCUUGGACGAGGGCGGGAGUGCGGCCGGACCGGUCUUUUCACUGCAGCCGCCUCAACGACCAGAGUCACGGAGCGACGAUGCUGCUGGCACCACAGCCGCAGCCGGCGCAGGGGCAGCGGGUGCAUCGGCCUCGCAGGACGCAGGCGGGCAGCCCAAUGCCUUUGGACACUCGCUCGAGGGUCUGGCGCGAGAGGCCCGCGUCGAGCAGAUCUCGGAGAUUGAGGCACUCGUUGAGCUCAUGCGCGAUCUGGGCAACUUUACACCAGCGAUCCCAGAUGUGGUCGUGCAAUACUAUCUUGCUCGUGGCGGGUUUAAUACAUCGGAUCCGAAGCUCCUUCGGAUUGUCGCACUUGCGGCCCAAAAGUUUGUUACAGACGUGGCCAACGACGCCGCCAAUCACUCUCAAAUCCGGACAGAGCGACGAGGCAACCGGGAGCGUCGCAACAUAGCAAGUGAAGAUGUGGCUGCAGCGUUGCGCCGAUACGGUGUGGAUGUUCGCAAGCCACCAAACAUUGCAUGAUUUCGUAGAUUUUGUUCUGGCAAGCGGGUUGAUCCCAAUACAAGUGGUU